CACAACACACACACACACACAUCAAAGUGCGUGUAUCCUGAUUCUUACUUGCUACCUUUCUUCUUCCUUCUUCAUCAUUCAUCAUUCAUCAUUCAUCAUUCAUCAUUCUCAUAUCUCUCUUCUUUUACUGGGGAUCACAAUAUCUAUCUAGUUGUAAAUUGUGAAUGAUAGAUCCUGAGCCUUCUUGCCGCCACCUCUUGAACUUAAUGUACUUGAAACCAGUCUCCACAUAGCGAUAGAGAGAGAGAUCUGUUAUGUGUGUAUUCAUCAAGUUCUCUUUUUUUGGGCUCAAAGUGUAAAAGGAGACAUUUUCAAUUCUGAGUUCUUUUGUUUUCUUAUAAUAAAAUCUGGGUUUUCUGAGAUUUUCUUCACAUCGUCCGAAACGUGGACACAUUUUGAUCUUUUGGGUGUCACUGUGUCAAUAAAGGUUGAAACUUUGAUUACAUUUCUCUCAAAAGGAUUAAUUUUUAUUUCUCUAUCUGGGUGAGAUUUGGAUUAAUUGGUGAGGAAUCGGAAGAAACUGGCGAGAUUACAAGCGAUUGUGAAAUAUCAGAAUCUAAUAAGAGGAAGAAGAGGCAUGGCGGCUCCUACAGGGAACGGGCCAGUGAUACCAAUUCUAGGUUUCCUUACAUGUGUGGCUUUUAUCUAUCUCUCCUUUGGAGAUUUGUGGUUCGGUCUCAAAACGGAGGGCGAGUUAGCAUUCGUGAAACGGAAUGGGACACAGUUUGUGGUCGAUGGUAAGGCUCUGUAUGUGAAUGGUUGGAACUCUUAUUGGUUCAUGGACCAUGCUGUGAAUGAUCAUAGUAGACAUCGCGUUAGUGCUAUGCUUGAAGCUGGAGCUAAAAUGGGUCUCACUGUUUGUAGAACAUGGGCUUUUAAUGAUGGAGGCUACAAUGCUCUUCAGAUCUCUCCUGGUAGAUUCGAUGAACGAGUUUUCAAGGCCUUAGAUCAUGUAAUCGCAGAGGCCAAAACACAUGGUGUUAGGUUGCUUCUGAGCUUAGUGAAUAACUUACAAGCUUAUGGAGGGAAAACUCAGUACGUCAAUUGGGCAUGGCAGGAAGGUGUAGGCCUCAGCUCAUCCAAUGAUUCCUUCUUCUUUGACCCAUCUAUCCGCAGAUACUUCAAGAAUUAUCUCACGGUGCUGCUGACCCGUAAAAACUCUUUAACCGGGAUUGAGUACAGAAACGACCCAACAAUUUUUGCAUGGGAGUUGAUAAACGAGCCUCGCUGCAUGUCUGAUGUCUCUGGGGAUACUCUACAAGACUGGAUUAACGAAAUGACAGCAUUCAUUAAAUCAAUUGACAACAAGCAUCUUCUAACUGUUGGCUUGGAAGGGUUCUACGGUCCCAGUAGCCCAAAAAAGCUGACAGUUAACCCCGAACGGUGGGCCUCUGAGCUUGGGUCAGAUUUUGUUCGAAACUCUGAUUCGCCAAACAUCGAUUUUGCCUCGGUUCAUAUCUACCCUGAUCACUGGUUUCACGAUCAAGGGUUUGAAGAAAAACUCAAGUUCGUUGUAAAAUGGAUGCUAUCUCACAUUGAAGAUGGGGACAAGGAACUGAAGAAGCCUGUUCUGUUCACCGAGUUUGGACUCUCGAAUCUGAACAAGGACUACGAUCCAUCGCAGCGGGAUCGGUUCUACAGAACCAUCUUUGAUGUUAUUUACAAAUCAGCCAAGAGGAAGCGGUCUGGUGCAGGAACACUAGUGUGGCAGUUUCUGAUAGAAGGCAUGGAAGGUUUCAACGAUGACUUUGGAAUAGUCCCAUGGGAGCAAGACUCCAUUCAGAGAUUAAUGAUUGAACAGUCUUGCAGAUUGAGUCGAAUCACUGGACGCCAUCUUCUUGACAAGAAGUCCAUAGAAAUGUGUUCCCAUAGACCAUGAGAAUACAGAUUCUUUUUUGUUCUUGCCUCUCAUAUGGGCAUAUAACCAAACUCAAAACCUUUAUAUAAGAGAUAGUAAAUUUAACCUUCCCAUUUUGCUUUUUUCUCAAAAAGCUUGAAGCUUUGAGUCAAAGUAACCGAUUUUCAAAUUUUUGUAUUUUG